GCGGAGUUAUACGCUUUGAGUGCCAUUCUUUUCCACGUUUUCUGCUCAUCCCUGUUUUUUGUUUGCGGGUGACGUCACGCGGCGGUGGACGGAGCGCUCGCGGACACACAGGAGGGCAAACAGGGAAGUGGAUAAAGUCUUCAAACGAUACCGACGCUUUUAUCGACGAUUAAACGCUGCAGUUCGUCCAGGUGGUGAUUAGGAGCAGAUCAGUAGAGUGGAAGCGGCAGUGGAGGCUGAAGCUGGCGGUGUUUGGGGUGAACUUGUCCCGGUUUGUUGUUGCUGGAGGAGCAAAGAGGGAAUAAUGGUGUGAAAGAGGAGAAGGAAGGAAGAAAGGAGACAUGGCCGAGGCUCGGACAGAAGAGGAAGAGGAGAACAUGAGGAGAGAAAGCCGGGAGCAAGUGGUCAGGAGACAAACAAACAGCUCCGGAGGUCGUCCUGACAGACGUAAACCAGACCACUGUCUCAGUCACGGUCCUCUGUCGUCCAUCCGAGCAGCCAUCAAGAGAACUUCCACCAGGUCGGCGUCCGUGUCAGAAACACCCAGGGACAGAGACAGGAGACGACCAGAGAUCACCAUCCUGUCAGCAGAGCCGUUGGCCUCCACUUCCUGGUUCCCCGGAGCUGCUGGAGGAUUCCCUCCUCCGCCGCCUCCUGCAGCGCAGGUCUGGGGACCCACAAUCCCUCCGUCCAUACAGCCGCCUCCUUCUUAUGAGGAGGUGAUCAGGGAGAAGACACACGAGCAGGUUCUCUUUCCGUCUUCCUCGUCUGUCUCCACUUCUUCAUCACGUCCAGUUCGCAGGACAACCAUCGCCACGCAGACCGACCCGGGGUCUGAUCCUGGUCCACAGGACUUACCAGUAAAAAAAACAGCGAAGCCGCCGCGGCCACUCCUCCCCUCUCCCCCGAAGCCAACUCAUGUUGAUGACAUCACCAAUACAGCCAGCCAGUCACCACCCCUUGACAAAGUGGAAGGAAAUACAUCCACGGCCGUACAGUGCUGUGACCCCGUCUCUGACCUUUUUUCACCUUUGAUCUCCACCUCUGGAGCUCUAACAGACCAAUGGGAUCACACUUUGGCUGGCGUUGAGGCACAGUUGGAGCCUCCCAGGCCACAGCCUCGUUCCAGGAUUAGUUCACAGCCAGUCACCAGUGAGGUCAAAGUUCAGACAUUAGUGAAGAUUCGUGAAGACGGUCUAGCGACGCUGGCUGCUCGUGCGAGAAGUGACGCUGCUAACCAGGAAGUGAGUCCGGGGAAGUACCUGCAGGAGCUGCUUGAGGCCUUCAGCUCUGACGACUGGGGUCUUCCUGAGGGUCACUGUGGCGACAGCAGCGUGUCCAGUGACUCAGGGAGUGAGGACGGGGAGGAGGACAAAGGGGAACUGAGCCUGGAUGACAUGGCAGCCCUGAAAGCCAGGAUCCAGGCCUUUGAGCAGCAGCAGGAGGUGGUUGAUGGGAGUUCUGGAGAGGGCAACAGUGGCGACGGCAAUGCUGUCACAAAAAAACCUGAACCCCGGCCACGCCCUCGUCUCCAGGGACAAUUGGGCAAAGUGGCCCCUCCUACUGUGGCCCCAAAACCUAAAUCCUUGGCAUACAGUCCAAAGCCAUCCAACAAGAGUUUCUGGGAAGAUGGUGAAUCAUCAGGAGUUGAUCUGGAAAGAAGCAAACUCUCCUCUGCAGAAUCAAACUCUAAACCCCAAACCGUCACUAACUCUGCUUCCACCCCAAAAUCAGAUCCUUCACUGGUGCUCCAACCCCACAAGAACAGUGACAAAACAGCGGUAACUGCCCCCAAACCCCGAAGUUCUACAGAGAACCUCCCGCCUAUGGCCUCUGUUCUCAUCCCCAUCCCCACCCCCAGACCCCUUCCAAACAAAUUCAUCCCUGCUGUCAGCGAGCCUGCACCCACAGUCAACCCCAAACCCCCACCCAGACCUCCGGUCGCACCAAGAACCAGUGUAGGACAUCAUCCCCAUGAUAAGAAAACCACCACGGGGCAGACUAACACGGCUCCUCCCACCAGACCCCCUGCAGAGGUCGGCAGUGGCACGGCUGUGCAGGAUCAGCCUGGAAACAAUGAGAUUGUGGAGACACCAACCCAAACUGUGACUGUAGGAAGCAUUCGUCCAGACGUCCCAAGUAAACCGGCCACACUGACGUCAUCUCGCAGAGCCACUGCUCCAACUCUUGCUCCCAAACCCACCGUAGCCUCUGAUACCAAACCAGUUCCAGCGAAACCUGCUGUUCCUGCAUCCAAACCUUCAUGCGCGGCCCCGGGCCUUAAAGCGCCGGCUCCAGUUCUGAGGAAGAGCCCUGUGAUCCAGACCAAAGCUGAAACCUCCAGCAGUGUGAACCCAAACUCCUCAGACCCCCCUCUGCCUCCCUGGCCGUCAGCUGUGAAACUCCUCCCCGUUCGCCCCCCACCAAUCAAAUCUAUUCCUGGGCGACCACCUCCCCCUAUGACAAAAACCAGUCCAGCAUCUUCCACCACUUCACUGAUCCAGGCUCCGCCUUCACAGGGCCCUCCUUCUGUGGCAGCCAAUCAAACGCAGAGCCAAAGGGUCUCAAAGCGAGGCCCGCCUCUGCCGCCCCGCCCUAAACCUGGCCACCCUCUCUAUAGCAGCUACAUGAAACAGGAAGUCCUGAUCGUCCUGGAUGACCCAAGUCCCGCCCCCUCAGAUCAUCUGUUGGGCGAGGUGCAGGAUCAAACCAACGUCCCAUCUGUCAUCAAGCCUUCAGAAUGUCUCCUGGACUUGGACACCCAACCAGAUCCUGUGUCUGAUCACGACAGCCAAUUAAAACCAGUGUUAGAGGGUUCUGACCUAUCAGAGUCAAAGUCCAUCCUGCCUGUACAGCAAACUGCCCAGAAGGAACCUUUAGACCUUCCGCCUGACAGUGGUCCACGGUGCAUCGCCUUGUUUGAUUACGAAGGAGAGGAGGAAGACGAGCUCACCUUCUGCCAAGGUGAUGUCAUCGUCCUCAUGGAGGUCAAUGGGCAAGAGUGGGGGCGGGGUCAAAUCCAUGGGCGUAUAGGAAUGUUCCCUCUGAGCUUCACCAUGGUGAUGGAGCCCCUCCCACAGCCGGCAUCGCUGUCUGUGGAAACAGUGAAAAAGACUACAGCAGACACAGCAGCAGCUGAAAGUCCUGCACCAAAGACCUCACAGGACCAAGAAUCAGAGACAGAGGAGUGGGCAUUGGCUCUGUUCGACUUUCCUGGUCAGACCACAGAGGAUCUGUCUUUCCACAAGGGGGCGCUGAUCCAAGUGGUGGAACACGUUGAUGCUGAGUGGAGGAGAGGAAGACUGGAGGGGAGGGAGGGGCUUUACCCCGCCGCCUUCACGCAGCCCUGCCACAGUUCGACGCACGCGCUUAUAAAUACACAAGAGAAAGCAGGACACGCUCAGCCUAUCACAGGCCAGCAGUGUGCUGUGGAGGGUGUGGCCAAGGCACUGUUUGAUUUCUCUGCAGAGAGCGAAGAUGAGCUCACGCUAAAGGCUGGUGACAUCAUAACGCAGGUGGAGCUGGUGGACGAGCAGUGGAUUCUGGGAGCUGUGGGCGGGAAGCGUGGAAUUGUGCCUAAAAACUACAUUUCCCUUCUGUAACAAAUAAAUCCUGAAUCGCUAACAGCGUUCCAACUGUGGGGUUUGGAAGCAACCAUCUUCUCCACAUACCAGUCUUACCCAUGACGCUGUGUGCACGUGGACGUGCACAUGUAUGACUGUUUUAAAAUUUCCAGUGUUUCAAUCUUCCAUUAGUUUUUCAAAAAGCGUCUGUUUUUACUGGUUGGAGAAACCGUAACAUGAACUCUGAGACAUGAUGAAGCUGUGUCAUCGCUGUGGCAACCAAGACCUUGCUUUGAUGUCUACUGCCGCGAUGCCCGAAAGCAUGACGGACGCUUUGCUGCCUUUCCUAGAGAGUAUAUCUGAUGUGUGGAUGCCUCGCCAAUUUCAUGUGUCGCUGUGAUUUUCUGCAACAAAUUUUCACCUUGACCUUUUGACCUUUUCCUGAUCCAGUUCUCCGUUGCACUCCAGAGUGGACGGUGAAGUCGACUACAACCCCUGGCAAAAAUGGAAUCACCGGCCUCGGAGGAUGUUCAUUCAGUUGUUUAAUUUUGUAGAAAAAAAGCAGAUCACAGACAUGACACAAAACUAAAGUCAUUUCAAAUGGUAAC